CUUCACUAAGUUGCAUGUUCUGUCAGUUGGAGCUCAUUCAGGUUUCAUCUCACAGUCUCUGAGUGUCAGGAUUUGUCUUUAAUGUUUAUCGUCAGCUGGAUGAGCACAUGAAUCUUUAUCUACUAGCUGCUACUGUGACACAACAGGCUGUCUUAAAUCUUUAAAUCCAGAUAAACCAUGGAGGAAUACGAAGACAGACUAUGGGAAGACGAUUGUUCUUCUUCCUCUGACGAUUGGGGGGAAGAGACCAUGCAUUUAGACAACCGUGACACUGAGGAGAUAGGUGAGUGGGAGAUGCUUCCUGAUGUCUGCUUGCUACACAUCUUCAAAUAUCUCUCUGAUGGUGAUCGCAGCAGGGCAUCUCUGGUUUGUCAUCACUGGCACAAAAUCAUGCGUCUGCCCUGUCUCUGGCGCUGCCGCUCCUUUCACCUCAGUGGCCGUCUCUCUAAAUACAAGCAGUCCGAGCACUUAUCGGCAGUGGGCUAUGUUGACAAUUUGGGAGUCUUCUUGGAAAGUUUGGAGGUGACUGUGUGUCCUCCAAGAUCUGUUGUGUUGGCCCAGCGUCUGCAUAACACCAUCUGUGGGCUGUUGAAUACACUGGUCAGAGUUCAAGCCCCAUUAAAGACUCUCUCUAUUAUCAGGCUGGAGCUAGACCGUUCCUCCUGGGGUCAGGGCCUCAGAAAUACAGUAGUCAGCAAACUCAUUUAUUUCCUUUUAGAAGGUCCCUCAAGACUUAAAAACAUUUGCCUGAUCAGGAUACGGACAGAGACCCAGCAGGGUCUGGAGCUGCUUUCUGCAAUAGUUCAAAAUCAAAGAAGCAUCUCUCCCUUCUGUGGCCUUUCUUCUUUGGAUCUAAGAGGUUUCUUUUCUGUCACUGUGCCCAAUCACCUUAAUCGCAAUAUACCUCAAAUGCUACAAAAGUUGCAAGGCCUCACCCACUUGGCUCUUAGCUACUCCUGGUUGUCAGAUGAACUGCUGCUGGCUCUCAGUGAAAGUACCAGAGCAAGAAGGUUAAACUAUGGCAGAGAUGGUAACUUCCUGAAAAACUUUUCACUGUACUGCACUCAGAAUGAGCCACAUCAACAGGUGGUGUAUGGUUACUCAUGGGCCACUUUGGUGUCCAGCUGCCCAGAUCUAAAAGUCAGACUCACAAUCGAACAAAUCGUUGACACACAGCAGCUGGCGAGAAUCCUGCUGCCUGAGGUUCCACUCGUGGAGUACAACAUGACUGCAUUUUACUCAACAGAUGAGAACUCCAGUGCUAAGCCUCUGCUCCAAACCAUGCUACCCUGGUACAGACACAGCCUGCAGAAUCUAACACUGGACCUGAGCAACUGCAGCGAGUCACUCGAUGAUGAGCUGCUGGAGUUGGUUAAUGUGUGUGAGUGCCUCGUAGAUUUGAGAGUCUGGGCUUUCUUGGAGAUCUCUACUGUGGGUCGGCUCCUGCACAUCCGGAUGACUAAAAGGACGUCACUCAACAAGAUCAAAGUGAGAAUCUACACAAUGGUAGAGAACAUAGAGGAGCAGGAAGAUCAGCUAAUGGAAAUACUGUCUCCCUUUUGUUACCCUCCUGAGCUACAGUUCCUGGCAGUCAUUUGCCCCUAUAUAUGACACCUUCAUGUGUGCCUUAACACCAAACAAGGCACAAGCUCCCUAAAAAUGAAAAAUAAAGUGAA